CACGUCUUGGCACUGCUGCAAAGGGUUCGGAUGGCAGAGGCUAAUCGUUCGCUUGACGCCACUCUGAUGCAGGCUCGGCAAUGGGAAAACGUGGAGCCGUCAUGAUUUCGAAGCAGAUGCGGAGCUCACCUCCGAGGGCUCCGUCUUUCUGUCGAACUUCCGAUCACGACUUCGACAGUCUCCCGUGCUCCUACUCGUUUGCACCGUCACCAAGAUGUAUCGGCAACCGUCACGGCUCGCACGGUCAUUCAUAGCAAGUUCGGCCUUCCGGCAAGCUUCAAUCGUUAAUAAGCGAUUCGCAAGCACAGCGUCACGAAGCAACACAUGGACAUUACGAGGCUCAGCGCUGCGAUGGGGUUUGGCAGGCGCAGUCGUGUAUUACUAUAACACAUCGAGUGUCUUCGCCGAUGAGCCAGCAUAUGCAACGCAUGCGCCACCAGAAACGUUACACGAAGCGGAGACAUAUCCGACCAUCGAUACCCUAGCCGAGCAGCGCAGGAACCAACCAAAACCACCGAGACCAGCCUCAAGGCCCUCUCAGCCCGAAUCAGCAAGCGUUGCUGUCCCUGAACCAUCAGGGGCUAUUGUAGGUUCACCAGAAGGACUUGAGGAGGAGGCGAGCCAGCAAGGGGCUUUUAACGAAGAGACCGGCGAGAUCAACUGGGACUGCCCCUGCUUAGGUGGUAUGGCAACGGGUCCAUGUGGCGAGCAGUUUAAGGCUGCCUUCAGCUGCUUCGUCUACUCGAAAGAUGAGCCGAAAGGUGUGGACUGCAUAGAGCAUUUCAAGACGAUGCAAAAUUGCUUCAGGGAUCACCCGGACGUAUACGGCGCGGAACUAGAAGACGAGGAGGCACCUUCAGCAGAUGCACAGGCGUCGCAAUCAGAGCCUGCCAAGCCUCAAACCACCCCCGAGACGCCCGCACCCUCAGAGCCGAGCCCGCCGCCAUCACUGGCGAACAUGAGCUCUCCGCACGGUGGGGGCGAGAAAGUUGCUGUCCACACCGACGCUGCCCCAAGUUCGGACUCGGAGAUUGAAGGCAAGCGACAACGUGCAGAAGCUGCAACGAAGCAGGUCGCCGAAGACCAUGGACCGCUGUCAGAGAGUAAACAAGCUGUGCCGAAAGCAUGGCACGACUCAUGA